GUAUUUCAGUGGGAUCUGGUAUGUGAGAAAAGAUGGAUAGGAUUUGCGAUCACGUCAAUACAGAUGGCUGGGGUACUAAUCGGUUCAAUAAUAACCGGAUACAGUUCAGAUACGUUUGGAAGAAAAACGUCAUUUUUUGCAUCUCAGCUUUGUCUUCUUGUCUUCAAUACCAUAACAAUAUUUUCAAUAUCAUGGAAGAUGUUUGCUGUCUUGAGAUUCUUUAUUGGCCUAGCCAUCGGUGGAGUAACCACUGUUAGCUUUCCAUUGGCUAUGGAAUUUGUUGGACCGAAAUGGAGAGGUAUUUUAGGAGCCAUUCCAGCGUUUUCUGUUGGAGCAACUUUAAUACCACUAUUUUUAUGGAUGGUACCGGAUUGGAAAUAUUUUCAUGUGUUUAAUUCUGUAUUAUGUGUUAUUCCACUCAUUGGAUGGUUUUAUGUGCCAGAGAGUAUAAGAUGGUUAACAGUAUCAGGUAAAAUAGAGGAAGCGGAAAAAAUAAUCCGACACAUUGCCAAGAAAAAUAAUACUGUUCCACCAAAUACUGGUAUUCUGAAACUAAUCUACGAAGAAGAAAAAGCCAACCGCGAGAAAAGAAAAGAUUAUUCUUAUUUAGAUCUUGUUAGAACCAAAGAAAUGGCCAAACGAACAGCAAUAUGUUCUAUUGCAUGGUAUUCUGCAGCCUUUUACUGUAUAGCUUUAGGUGUUCAGAAUUUAUCUGGUAAUUUAUUUCUUAACAUGUUUUUAUUAACUGUAGUUGAGAUGCCCUCUCAUUUGAUUGUUUUAUUCUCAGCUAAUACUAUAGGAAGAAGAUGGGCUGUAGCAGGGUUUUAUUAUGCUGCUGGUGCACUCACAUUAAUUGCUGCUCUAGUUAGUGUUUAUGGAAGUGUUAUAAAUGGAUGUGCUAUGGUAGCAAACCUUUGUGUUGGAACUAGCUGGACAGUUAUGAUGGUUUUUACAACUGAACAAUAUCCCACAGUAGUAAGGAAUUUGGGAUAUGCUGCUAGUAACACUAUGGCCAGAGUUGGUGCUAUAUUUUCUGCUCAAUUAAUAUCAUUAGUAAGUAAUAACAAUGGACUUCAGUUCAUGCCUUAUAUAGUAUUUAUUUUUAGAAAGUGUUUAUAA